UAUAUCUUCAUCUACAAAAUUAUUCUGUGUUGUCCCUAGACUUCUCCCAAAACCACCAUGGAAGAAGCAGCUCAAGAUCAUCAUCAAGAAGCAAUAACUUUUACAGACGAAUCAGCAGCUUUAUCUUCUUCAACCAUGGAUCUUCCAGAACCAUCACCGCCGAGAAACCUAGACGAAGUCGAAGAGAUUCUUGGAUACAACUUCAAGAACAAGAGCUUACUGGAAGAGGCUUUCACACAUUCAUCUUAUUAUUAUACCAAAGAUAAUGAUAAUAAUCACGGUGAAGCUGAAAUAAAGUGCUUCUCAUAUGAGCGUUUAGCGUAUCUGGGAGACGCGGUCCUUAAUUUGUUGGUCACCAAGGAGCAGUUCUUCUUGUACCCGAAUUUUUCAUCGGGUCGGUUGACCCGACUCCGAGCUGCUAACGUGGAUACCGAGAAGCUUGCACGUGUGGCUGUUAAACAUCGGCUGCAUUGUUACCUGCGCCACAAGAAACCUCUUCUUGAAGAACAAAUCAAUGAGUUCAAGAAAGAAAUAUUGGAGUACCCAAUGCAUUCGAAUGGGCUGAUUGAUGUACCGAAGGGUUUAGCCGAUUUAGUGGAAUCCAGCAUUGGAGCAAUCUUCAUUGAUUCUGACUCCAACAUUGACACUGUGUGGCAGGUUUUCAGACGAUUGUUGGAGCCAAUGAUAGAUGCAGAGACGAUAAAGACACAUCCAGUGACAGAGCUAUAUGAAGUUUGCCAGAAACUGAAUCUGAAGGUUCAAUUUGUGAAUUCAUGGAAGGAUUCAAAGAAAGUGGACGUUAUAGUCGACAAUCAAUUAGUUGGCAGAGGUAUUUGUGGAUCCAAAAGAGAGAUAGCUCAGAAUAGAGCAGCACAAAAUGCUUUGACAAAAAUUCAAACUAUUUUAAGUAUUAAGGAUCACAUUAUUACAACUACUUUAGAUGAUGAUGACAUAGUGGAUUAAAUUUUUUGUACUUUUUGUUGUUCUUCCAUUUCACGCAUCAAUUCGUGUAUUCCAUGAAUAUGUUUCUUCCUUCAGUAUAUGAUGUUGUCAAUCUUAAUAUAUAUUCUCUCUUCCUGUCUAACUA